UGUGCGUAUAUAAAUGUAAUUCAGCCUGAUCUUAAUGUGCAAGUAAGGACAUGUAGUUGUGAUGCUUUUAAAGUUUGGAAAUUUGAAAUAAGGUGGUGUAAUAAAGUUGUUUAAAAUUUACUGCUGGAUGGAGUAGUGUUGUCAUAUUCAAUUUAGCGGUGUCUGUUUCUGAACAUUUUAGCUGCAGUUACUGCCAUUUAUUAGAGCCACUGAACCAAAAUACAAUCCGCUUGCUUGUCAUUAUCCUCCAGCACCCAAGAUUCUCAUUUUCUUGAAUUCUUCCUACAACUCUUGCUCUAUACAUUUACUUUCUGUGUGUUCCCUUGCUUUGUCUUAAUCUUUAGCCUUGUCUUCACCACAUGGCCACCUGUUUUUUCUUUUGAGGAAUUUCAAAACGCAUGUGAUGAGAGGCAGAAAUGAAAGCUGAUAUAGACCAUACUUAGCUGCUGCAAAGUUGAAGAAAGAGGAAAAGAUGCCAACAGUAUGGUUCUCCUUAAAGAAAUCUAUGCAUUGCAAAUCAGAGGCAUCAGAUGUUCAUGACCCAAAAACCAAGAAUCAUUUGAGCACAAUCCUUACAAAAAAAGCAGGCAGGUCAGGAUGUUCGAGGUCUAUAGCAAAUCUCAAAGAUGUGAUACAUGGAAGCAAGAGACAUUUAGAAAAGCCUGUAAGUUGUAGUCCAAGAUCUAUUGGGAGCAGUGAGUUCCUCAACCCCAUCACCCAUGAAGUGAUUUUGAGCAAUUCAACCUGUGAACUCAAAAUCACUGGUUUUGGUGGAUUUCAAGAAGGCCUCAGCGGCGGCACUGGUGGCAUUAAGUCCACAUAUGUGGGUACUCUGAGGCCUGGUACCCCUGGGCCUGGGGGGCAACCUGCCAUGCAAUAUUUCAACCCUUCUUACAGGAGUUCAGCAACUCCUCCAAGGAAGGCUGCUCCUUUAGCAGAAAGAAAGGGCAAGUCCGAAAUCCCAAGUUCCAGUACUUUGGGUGGGGAAAAUAGUAUGACACAUUAUAAGCCCAGGGUGUCUUCUGAGGCAGAAACUAAUGCAGUUACAUGCCACAAGUGUGGAGAGCAGUUUGGAAAGUGGCAAGUUCUUGAAGCACAUCAUCUAUCCAAGCAUGCUGUUACUGAACUUGUAGAAGGAGACUCGUCUAGAAAGAUUGUUGAAAUAAUCUGCCGCUCCAGCUGGCUAAAAUCCGAGUCUCAUUGUGGGAGAAUUGAGAAGGUUUUGAAAGUUCACAAUAUGCAGAAGACUUUGGCUCGAUUCGAAGAAUACAGGGAGAUUGUAAAGAUCAAGGCCAGCAAACUCCCAAAGAAACAUCCGCGCUGCAUUGCAGACGGAAACGAACUCCUUAGAUUUUUUGGUACCACUAUAGCAUGCUCAAUUGGCAUGAAUGGAAAUAAUAGUCUUUGUAUAUCUGACAGAUGCUGCGUUUGUCGAAUUAUACGAAUUGGUUUCUCCACAAAAAAGGAACUCAAGGAUGGUGUAGGAGUUUUUACAACAUCCACUAGUGGGAGAGCAUUUGAGUCUAUAGAAGUCUAUGAAGAUGAUCUAACCCUGAGGAAGGCUUUAAUAGUUUGCAGAGUUGUAGCAGGAAGGGUACAUAGACCCCUGGAGAACAUACAAGAAAUAGCUGGACAGUCGGGAUUCGAUUCGUUGGCUGGGAAAGUUGGUCUUUAUUCAAAUAUUGAAGAGCUGUAUUUGCUCAAUCAUAGAGCACUUCUUCCUUGCUUUGUGGUAAUUUGUAAAACCUGAUGAGCUUAAAAUAUAAAAGACUUGACCUUACACGUUUGA